AUGUCUACGAUUAUUCAAAAUUCUACGGGCAAUACAGCUCCUGUUACAUCCACUUCUGAAUUAGAUGAAAAUACAAUAGCUACAACUUCUGAUCCAAUCACUGUAUGUGAAGCACUUCGUCAACAAAAUGAUGCUCUUCGACAAGAACUUCAUGAUAUACGACGAGAAAUGGAUGAAAUUACAGAUCAAUUUCGUACAGAAGAUGCUGAAGAAUUUAAACAACUACAAGCAGAACUUGAAAUUGCUGCAAAAAAUUGUCGUAUUCUUCAAUUCAAAUUACGUAAGGCAGAAAAACGAAAUGAAAAUAUGGAAGCUGAAAAAGCAACAUUAGAAGAGAAAAUCCAACAAUUAACACGUGAUAAUUAUCGAGUUCGUGAUCUUGAUGAAGAAUUAUUAAUUGCAAAAGAAGUUAGUGUUCGAUUACAUAGUGAACUUGAAAAAAGUGAAGAAACAAGAAUGAUAUCUGAAAAAUUAAACACUACACUUAAACAACAUUUAGAUACACUUAAAGAAUCAUUUGAUCUAAAAUUAUCAACAGAAACUAAUGAUGAUUAUCAUUCCUGGCAAUUAUCCGUUUAUUUAUAUGAAUCACUUUUUCGGGAAUAUGUACUUAUGGAAGAAUUAACAUGGUUAAAUUCUAAUACAAAUAAAAAAAAUCUUAAUAGAAAAUCUUCGACCAAUAUAAAUGGACAUGAUAUAUCAGAUUUAAUGAGUUCAUAUCAACAAAAAUUUUCUAUACUUAAUGAUGAAAUAAAUCAACUUAAACAAGAUGUAACUAAUCGUGAUAAUGAAUUAUCACAAUUACGUAUACAAUAUAAAAUAUUAAAACAACGCAGUCGAAGUGUUGAGAGAACAAUAAAUUCUAAUAGUAAUAAUUGUUCCUAUGAUGAUGGAGGAAAAGAUUCUAAUCGUUCAAGACGUGGUGUUAGUGUUGAUGGCGGAGGAAAUUUACGUGAACAAUUAGAUGCAGCAUUAGAUGAAACUCGUUUAUUAAAAAAUAAAUUAUUAAGAUUAGAAGAUGAAUUAAAUAAUUCAGCUUUGGAAAAAGAAACACUUUUAGUUAAACUUGAUGAACAAUCUAAACAAACUGUAGAUGAUACAAUGCAUGAAGAUCUUCACUUAUUUACAAUUAAAAUUGAUAAUCUAAUAACAUUUAUUAAAGAGAAUAAAUUAGAUGAUAAGAUUAUUAGUGAUUUACAACAAUUAUUACGUUCAACUCGAUGGAAUAAACCAAUUCUCGAUGAUCAAACACAAUCAACAAUUAUCAAAACAAAUCAACAAACGUCAGAAAUUUUUCAACAAGCAAAUGAAUUUUUAACUCUUUUACAAAAUAAACAUGAAAUUCUCGAUAAAAUUCGUUAUCGUUUAACAAAUUUAACAUAUGAUGCAAAUGAUACAUGUACAUUAUUAGAAGAACUUGAUACAACCAAACAUGAAUUAGAAGAAAAACAACAGCAAUGUCAUCAAUUAGAAGUAACUAUUGAUAAUCUUCAAAUGUCAUCGAAAACAUUUGACGAACAAAUGCAAAAUCAAUUAAAAACAAAUCAAACAUUGGAGAAAAAUCUUGAAAAGCAAAAAACAAUUAAUAAUGAACUACAAAAAGAAAAUGCACGCUUAUCAGCAUUAAAUGCUAAACAAUUACAAGAUUUACGACAUAUUGAACAAUUACGUCAAUCAAUAAUAACAUUUGAAAAAAAACUUGAUCAAAAACAAACACGUGUCAAUGAAUUAUCAAUGAAAAUUAUUGAAAAAGAAGAUAUUAUUGAAACUAAAGUAAAAGAAUGUCAAAAACAUCGAUUAGAAUUACGUGAACUUGAAACAAAGUAUUAUACAUUAGGAAAACAAUUAGAAGAACAAAUUAUUUCAAUGACUAAAGAAAUGGAAAAAUUAAAUGUUGAAAAAGAAAUGUUAAAAUUUGAUCUUGAAUCUUUACGAUUAAAUCAACAAAAUGAUCGACCAAAAUCAACAGCAAUAGAAGACGAAAUAUCUCGUAUAAAAGCUGAAUGUCGUCAACAAAUAAUGGAUGGUGAAAUUGAAUCCUAUAAACUUCGAAUAAAUCAAUCAAAUAAUGAAAAAGAUGAAUUAUUAAAAAUAAACAAAGAUCUUGAAAAGAAAUAUAAAGAAUUACAAAUAAAAUAUGAUGCUGAUGAACAAUCAUGGAUACGUAUUAAAACAGAUAUGUCUGAAAAACAACGCAAAUAUGAUGAUAGUAUUAAAAUGAAAUCUGAAUUACAAAAUGCUGUUGAUCGUCUUCGUCAAAAAUUACAUGAUCUUGAACUUCAUGGUCAAGAAAAACAAAAUAAAUAUAAUAUUGAUAAACAACAAUGGGAAACACAACGAAUUGAAUUAACUGGAAAAAUAAAUGAAUUAGAAGAACAAUUAUCUAAAGUAACAAAACGUCAACGAAAAGAUCUUGAUACAGCAUGGAAAAAAGAACGAAAUGAUUUACAAAAACAACUUCAACAAUCACAACAAUUAACAAAAGAUUUACAAAAACAAAUAACAAAUCGAGAAGUACCAAUACAUUUAACAGAAAAAAUUAAUGUUCUAAUGACAGAAAAUGAAUUAUUAUUAAGUAAAAUUAAAGAACUUGAAAUUGUUGUUGAUGAUGUUAAAUUACUUAAAACUGAAAUGCAACGUUUACGUGAUAAAAAUUCAUCCGAUUGGAAUUAUUGGAGAAAACAGCAAAGUGAUUUAUAUGCACAAUUAAGACAACAACAUAAUAUUAAAGAAUCAAUUUUAUACAAAUUCGAUCGAUUACAAAAACAGAUUAAAUCUGGUGGUGAAAAUAACAAUCGUCUUGUUCGUGAUAUCAGUGUUGGUCCAUUAUCAAUAAAUAGUUUUCAAAAUGAAGCAACAACAAAAACAAGUUUAUCAAAUUUUAGUCGUGAAACAUUAGCUGAUGAUAUUGAACUUCCACAUGGAACAAUCGAUGGAGGAGUUGCUAGUGCUAAUGAAAUUGUCGGUCAAAUGGAUGACUCAAUUGUAUUACAAGUAUCAAUAAAUGAUAAUGAUAAACAACGAAUGUUUGAUAAAACUUAUUCAGCACAAGAAAAUACAGCAGUUAGCAUUGAGGAGAUUGCAAGUAAGAUUGAUCGUGUUGAAGAUCAUCUAUUUUCAUAUCGACGUUUUAUGGAUUUUAUUCGAGCAAAAUCUGAAAAAAGUGCAUCCCUUGUUCGUGAUGAUAGUUUUACAAAUAUAGUAAACUCUUCCAAUGCUUCAACAGCUUAUAAACGAUUAGCUUCAGCUCCACCGGAAAAUAAUCUUCCGACAUCUUCAACUACAAAUCAACGUCGAUCUCGCUAUGAUGCUAAUACAAAUAGUAGUCAUGAACAUUUACCAUUAUUAACAUCAUCGAUAGAUGAUGGUAUGAUAUCUGAUGUAAUGUCAAAUUCAGUAACAGCAACAACAAAUGGAAGUGGAAUGGGUUCAUCAAAAAAUCGAUUUUUUUCAUUAAGUCGUCGUUUUCGUUUUCGUGUACAAUCACCAGAUAAAGAAACAGCAACACAACCAGCAUCUGUUCAUUUUCUUGAUGAAGAUAUUGAUUUAGAAACUAAAGAACGAACAGCAAGAAAAUCAGAUCAACAUGGAAAUCGACCAUCAAAAGGCAUAUUGAAAGCAUUAAGACAUCGUUCACCAUUUCGUUUUCGUUCAAAAGAUGCUGUUAUUCCCGAACAAGAACCAACACCGCCUCCACAAUCUAUACAAGUACCAUCUUCACCAGCACCAUCUAUUCCAUUACCACCAACAGGUCUAUCAAAAGAGAGUCGUACAAAAGUACCACCAGCUGCUCCUACAUCUGCUCAAACGAAACAACGAGGUCGACUAGUUGAAUUAAGAAAAACUACACCAAAAUCAUCUUCAUCAAAUGGUACAUCUCGUAAACCUGUUAAUAUAACUCCAACUACGGAACCACCAACAGGUUCAACAUUAGUGAGGCGUACAUCUGGUUUAAAAGAUCUUAUACAUAAAUUUGAAGCAACACCAUCGGAUCGACCACCAAAACCUAAACGAGUUACAAUGGAUGCUAAUACAUCAAAUGUACCUUCACUAGAAGCCAGUCAAGAUGAACAAAGUAAAAAAGGAACUAGUCAUUUAGAUGUUCCAACUGAUGAACAACAAUGUACUUCAACACUUUCUUCAAUAAAUAAAUCAAAAACAAUUGAUAUUCCGGAUCUAUUACGAAAUGUUGCAAAAGAUCCCACAACAACAAUGACAUCAUCAUCAACAGCAAAAGCAAUUUUAAGACAUUCAAAUUCAAGUCGACAAACAGCUUCAUUUGAUUCAACUGCAAGUAUGGUUAGUGCAAGUGAUUCUAUUUUAACAACGAACAGUAGUACAAGAAGGCCAACAUCAACAGCAAGACCAUUAAUGAUUUCUCUUAGCAAAGAUGAAUCAUAG